AUGGAUGAUGACUUUGGAGGAUUUGAGGCUGCAGACAUUUUUUUUAAAGACGGAAACGGUGAACCCCAGACAACAUCUCCUGCUAUUCCUUGGGCAGCAUUUUCCACAGUGCCUGAAAUUCUUGUACCACCAACAGUUUCUGCCGAGCUGCUCUCAAAAGAGGCUCCGGCUAAUAUACCGCCAGAUCCUCAACUAUCACCCAAUACUUUAAGUGAAGCUGAUCUUAAAGAGCAGGUUCCCUUAUCCAUUGACCCUCCAUUGUCUGAAAACCUAGAAAGAACAUCUGCCCAUUACGACGAAACGGAUACAAAACCAAGACCGGGUGAUUCUGAAAAGCAUUUCCAACAAACCCUUUCUGCUCUGGAAAGUAAACUUCGGACAGCGGAUGAAGAAAAAGCUAGAAUAAAAAAGGUAACACUACAAAUCUUUGGAAAACACAGGACUUUGGAAAGCAAUUACCUGAAAGAAAAAGACGAUAAAUUAAUUUCACAUAAGGAUAUAUACAACAAACUCCAGGAGAAGCAUAAACUUGAGUUGGAAGAUUUAAGAAAAGCUGGACACGAGGCCUUGUCUAUUAUUGUGGAAGAAUUCAAGGCCCUGCUGAAGGUGCUGGUGGACGAACGAGAAAAGGCCUUGGAGAAGCAGCAUGUCUCUGCAGUUGAGAAGCAGGCGCAGAAGUGUGAAGAGCUACUCAAUGCUCAGCAUCAAAGGCUGCUUGAUAUGUUGGAAGAAGAGCGGAAAAUCUUAGAAGAAAAAACCCAAGAAUGCAUGUUGCAACAAUCACAGGAAUACAAGGAAAUGUUGGAGAAAUGCAUGGAGAAGGAAAGGCAACGCAAUAAGGAGGCAUUGGCCACAGCGGCAAAGGUUGAAAAAGAGGAUUUGCAGGCUGCCAUCCUAGCAGCAGUCACAGCCGAAAGGGAAAACAUGAAAAAACUGCAUGACCAAGAAAAAGAAUUAUGGCAAGCAGAGAGAAAUAAAGAUCGAGAGAAGAUUGCCCAAGCGGUAGAAGAAGCAGCGGGACGGCAAAAGCAGAGUUCAGAAGAAAUAGUGAAAUUAGCAAUUCUAGAAGAACAAAGGAAAAGUGAGAGAGCUGUGGAAGAAGCUGUGAAGCAAACAAGGGAAGAACUGAUGGAAUACAUCAAGGAGCAGAAAAGACUGGAUCAAGUGAUCCGUCAGCGUAGCCUUUCCAGUUUGGAGUUGUUCCUGUCUUGUGCUCAGAAGCAGCUGAACUGCUUGCUGCAGGAGGAAGUCACAGAAGCAGAGACAGAAGGAAAGGAUUCCGUAACGUCGAUCACUCUUCCUGAAGAUGCCGGAGACUAGACCGCGAACUGGGAUCAAUCAGACAGUCUCGCGUUGUUUUAGCUAGAUGUUCAGAAUCCUACCGCAGGGCUUGUAAAACUAACGGUUUUGUUCUGAUCAGCUCCCCAAACACGACAAACCCUCUGAAAUUAACUCUAAAGAUUCCUUUCUUUGGAGCGCCAGCAGCCCACGGGAAAAAAGUUUCACUCACCGCAGGCUAACAAGUCUGUCUGGCCAGAAGAUUAGUUGCCUGCCACACCUAUUCAUCUCCGCCCCCUGCCU